UCCCCGAGGCCAUUGUGGAAUCCCGCGGCCAGUGCCCUGCACAAUCUUAGCCGAGGCCAAUGUGACUGUGUAGAACGUGCAGGCAAACCCUAACGUCCUCAUACCCACUAUGCAUAAACCUAGAGCUCCGAGUCCACCUGACAGCGAGGCCAUGGAAAUUGGAUCUGCAAGACUUGCAGUUGUCGGUCAAGCUAGUAACGCCGACGUGCCAAUAUUAGCAAAAAAGCCAGGCCUGACGUUAUUUACUAGCGAGCUUACGGUACCCAUAGGCCACCCGACAGCGGGUGGGGCGUCCUCGAGGACAAACAGAGUUCAUGGGACGAGCAGACCGGCAACGAGUUGACGGCUUAAGAUACGAUGGCAACGAUGGGGCCCAGAAAGCAGUUGGGGAAGCUGG